UGGAAGCCUUUGCAAGGCUUGAAGAGACGCCUCCCCAAAAACACUUCCGAGCUUCUCUUUCCCCUCUCUCUCCUCCCACCUGCAACGAAACUGCUUUGCCACCUGAGCCAGUGAAGAGAUCGGGGUUUGCCAUGGUGGGAACGUCGUGCUCCUCAUCGUCCUCUUGCGCUUCGUUCGGCUCCUUCGACGCGGACGCCGCGGCCGCCAAGCGUUCCCCCACCGCCGCCACCAUCAAGUUCCUCUGCAGCUACGGCGGCAAGAUCCUCCCCCGGUACCCCGACGGCAAGCUCCGCUACAUCGGCGGCGACACCCGUGUGCUGGCUGUCGACCGUUCCGUCCCCUUCUCAGAGCUGCAGGAGAAGAUGAGGGAGAUGUGCGGGUGGGGCGCGGUCAGCCUCCGCUGCCAGCUGCCGACGGAGGACCUUGACGCGCUCGUGUCGGUCAAGUCCGACGAGGACCUCGCCAACAUCAUGGAGGAGUACGAUCUCGCUGGCCGCGAGAAGAUCCGGGCCUUCUUGUUCCCCCCAUCGUCCAAACCGAGAAGCCCCACCCACCCAGCGGCUACGGCCACGGCGCUGCCCAGCGGCCGGCCCUGGAUACUCUCCGAGAAACGCUGCAUCCACCAGAUCUCUGAUCCGAUGAGGUAUCCUGGCCGGUACGGUAAGUCCGGCGCCAUAUCCUCAGGAGAUAUACGUUACCGUGCCCAUCACCACCAUCCCCAACAUCACCACCAUCACCAUCAUCUCCAUGGCCACCAUGCGAUUCCAAAGCCGUGCAACUAUCUCGUGCAUCAAGGAAGCCAGUGGCAGUAGUAGUACCACCGCCACCAAGGAGAAGAACUCGAGGUUGCUUCGUGGUGCGGUGAACCGCUUCAUCGCGGGACCAUGUAUUUUUGUUGGCACCCGCAAUCGAUGCGCCGGACACAACGAGUUCAUACAUCACAUCUACUUGGACAUACCGAAACACAAAAAGACGUUUAUUUUCAUCUUAAAAUGAUAGUAAACGAAUUCUUUUAAUUUAUAUCACUAUAAUUUAUCAAAUACUGCUUUAUAUAUCAUCCAUACGAUCAAUAAUUUUUUUUCCUGUUUUCAGAGACAAAAAUAGCUCUUAUUUUAUAGAAAAACAAUGCUGAUAAAUAUUUUAAAGUGUUUUUUAGAUUCUUAAUUUACUUGGAAAUUGGCCAGGAUUGAGCAGGUCUGCCGCUUACUCUGGCUUUAUCCGUGUGGUCAAAGCCUGUGAGUGUGACCUUUGAUCCAACUAUUUUUAUUAAAAUUAUGUAAAAUUUUGAAAAGCUCGAUUAACUAAUAAUUUUUAGAGACAUUAGUAUAUGAUUUUUUAAAUAUAAUAGAUAGCAACAUUUUUGCAUUCAAAAUUUUUAUUUGAUUGCUUCCCGAACCUACUCGAGUCAACGACGCCAAUUUUUGUGUUUUUAAUAUGAGUCAAUAAUUAUUGAAUACAAUAAAUUUGUAAGAUAUUAGUUGGUAGAGGUACCCAAGAGAAUGGCAAUGGAAACUUAUGGACCGUGUGAUUGUACUGAGGAGGAGGUUGGCUUGACUAUUUCAUCGGUAGGGUAGUAACGCUGUCGCUGUUAUGAAUGGUGAACACGCCAUUUGUUGAAUUUGGAAGAAAUAUUUGUUCAUAUUAAUUUUGUUUUCUUGUGAUAAUUUAUCACAACAAAUAUAUGCCCAAAUGGUAUGGUACCUAUUAAUUAUAUUUGUGGUAAACAAACAAUAACGACAUAUUGAUCACUUCAAUUUUCAUGGGAUAUAUGCUCGUCAUCAGUCUGCCCUUUUCUGUCAGAUACCCCCUUCUUCUUCUUGUUCCUGUUCCUUUCCAUUAAGUCAAGGGAAAGGCUAAUUGAUCAAGAUGGCAGGGAGAUGAUGAACCACACACAGGAUUUGACGCAACAUUUACCAGUCAGAUGUAGCAUAAGGCUGCUGACAUCAAUCCGACCUGAGAACAGGGCAAGAAGCGAUUCUGAUGCUGACAAUGGAGGCUGCCCCCCUUGGAUAACCACGACACGUCGCCCUGAUCUAUUGCAGAUGGGGAACAUAACGUAAAUGAUGACCACGACAAGAAUUAUUCCACGAGUUUUAUCACCUUCA